UGUGAGUGACAGCUCAGCCCAGUUUCUCUCCAGUCCAGUCAGUUUCCGUUAGAUUUGGGAAAGAGAUUUUUUAGAGUUUGUGUUUUAUUGAUGAGGCGCCUUAACGGAACCAUGAUGAACAAGAAUCUACAGGAGAGGACCGGACACUAUUAAACUCAUUUAAUCUAUCUAACAAACCUCUAAAAUGUCCAUAAGGGAAUUAAAAGUUUGUCUUCUAGGGGAUACAGGUGUUGGGAAAUCAAGUAUUGUAUGUCGAUUCGUUCAAGAUCACUUUGACCACAACAUCAGUCCAACUAUAGGUGCUUCAUUUUUAACAAAGACCGUCCCCUCUGGGAAUGAACUUCACAAGUUUUUGAUCUGGGACACAGCAGGACAGGAACGGUUUCAUUCAUUGGCUCCCAUGUAUUACCGAGGCUCUGCGGCAGCCGUGAUUGUGUAUGACAUCACUAAACUGGACUCUUUUCAAACAUUAAAGAAAUGGGUAAAGGAACUGAAAGAACAUGGACCAGAGGACAUAGUUGUGGCUAUAGCAGGAAAUAAGAACGACCUGGGUGACAUCAGGGAAGUUCCGACUAAAGAGGCGAAAGAUUUUGCAGAGUCGAUUGCUGCCAUUUUUAUGGAGACCAGUGCCAGAAAUGCUGUAAACAUAGAGGAACUGUUCCAAAAAAUCAGUCGACAGAUUCCUGCUUUGGAAAACACAGAUGCUGACAGCAACGAAUCGUUCAAAUUGACGCGACAAGCUCCUCCCUCCAGCAAACGCUGCUGUUAGACACCUCUUAAGCCUGGUCACACUACAAACACGCAUCCUAUUAACAACAGCAGUGCUCAUCAUAGUGCCUUGCUAGCGUAUUACUAUAAAUAUGCUUUCUUUUCAUUUAUAAGACACUGAGGGAUGAGUCAGUACUAUCACCUUAAUCCAGCACAUGAGUGUUAGGUUAAAAAUAAACCCAGGAUAUUCAAGUAAACGUGGCCUAAAUAAACAUAAACCAGUGUUUUAAUAUAGCUGUAUUUAUGAAAGGGAUAUGGGUGCAUAAAGAUGUUUAAGGCGUUAGUUUCAAACCAAGUAUUUUAUACAUAUAGUAACAUUGUAUUUCUAGUAAUUAACCCUUUGAAAGACCAAGUGCCUUUAUACCAAUUUUGUGCUUUUUUGCUACAUUGUUUUUUUUUUUCAAAUGAUAGUUUUGUUUUAGUCGUUUACAUUUAUGCAAUUGCCAGAAACUUUUAUUCAAAGCAACUUACGGUGCAAUUAACCUAUAAAUGUAAUAAGUACAUGAUAUUUACAGGCAAUCGAACUCAUAACCUUGGAGUUGCUAGUGCUAAACUCUACAGCAAAGUUACAAGAAAGUUAGUUUUGCUUUAGCCAUUCGACAAAAAAUACCUCAAAUGUGUUAAAGGCUUAAAUUCAUACAUGAUCAACAAUUUGCGCUAGAUUACAUACAAAGUCAAAGCAAAGAAGCGAAAAGACGUGAACUCACGGGAUGAUGAGAAUGACCCAAAUUGUGUGGCUUGAUUGUCGUGAAAACGCGUUAUUUGCCUUAAAUUCAUCUUUGCGUAAUUUAAAAUAUUUAACUCAAGCAAAAAAUUAGGAUGUCACGAAGUAAUCCCACGUGUAAUGUAGAGUAAUGAAUGGGAUGCUUCGCGCUUGGUGUGUACACCCCAUAGAUGUAGUUCAUGACAUGAAAUUUUAUCAGGGACAGUUCACCCGAAAUUAAAACUUGUGUCACCGUUUACUCACCCUCAAGUUGUUACAAGCCUGUAUAAUUUUUUAUGAAUACAAAGGAAGAUAUUUUGAGCAAUGUUUGUAACUGAACCAUUAUGAGCACCAUUGACUUCCAUAGUAUUAUUUUUUUUCUACUAUGAAAGUAAAAGGUGGUGCUGCUGCUUCCUUCUUGAUCACAAAUAUCUUAAUUUGUGUUUAGCUGAACAAAGAAAUGUAUACAGGUUUGUGAGGGUGAGUAAAUGAUGACAUCAUUUUCAUUUUAGGGUGAACUAUCCUUUAUAAGAUCAUUGAAGUGAGAAAUUAUUAUUUAGCCACCAGAGGGCAGAGUUUACUGUUGAAAAGGCUCGAGGCUUAUCCCGGACUAAAAUGCAUGUGAGCUGUCUUAACUGGAACCAACUUGCACUGGCAUAUCUUAAAAUAUAUCACUGCCAUGGUUUGUUUUCAAAGCCACAUUUAUAAAAACUUCUAAAAUGUGCUAAUGUAACUAAGGUUUAGUCCUGGCUUUGUCUAAGCCCUGUCUGUAAAAUCCCGCCUUGGUAUCUUUGGGUUUUAGCUUAUCUUUUAAUUAGGAAAACAAGGUUGAAGUGUUUCUAUCAUGCAUAAGUAUUGAAUGUGUGAUUUGUAAUAAAUCAACUUUCCUUAAAUUAGCACAUUCAAACAUCAAAAUGUUGGAAGCAUAAAUAUAAUACUAAAGUCUGUUAAUAAUUAUAAUUAUAGUUUUAUUUUACCUCAUAGAUAAAAAAUGGCCAAGAAAUGUCCUCUAACUGGCACUGGUACACACAUUUGCGCCUAAAGAGUUCAUAUUAGCACCUCAGAGGUACCAAAUGUAUACAUAUCUAUACCUAAAUUGUACAUACAGUAUUAGAAGCUUUUCAAAGAGCUGGGACAUUUUUUAUGACAUUGUCUGUUAUAAAUAAUAAAGUAUCACAGUCAACUUUUAACAUAAGUAUAACAUACAAGUACAUUUAUUAGUGCCUUAAACGAUCAGAAAACAAAAUGAGAUGUGUUUACUGUGAAGCUACCAUCGAAAACUUCCCUAAGUGAUUACUCCACUUAAUAAUCCUAAUUAUUUAAACACCCCCGUGUCAUCCAAAAUGUUGAUUCCUUUCUUUAUUCAGUCGAGAAGAAAUUAAGUUUUUUGAGGAAAAUAUUCCAGGUUUUUUCUCAAUUUAAUAUACUUUAGUAGACCGGCGUUGUCAUACUCAAUUCUAGUCAGAAUUUGAGUCUGAUACGGCUCCGUUGGGCUGUAAUUAUGGGGUGUGUUUCAACUGAACCAGGACAAAAAAUGCCUCUGCACUCAAUAGGAUAGAUCUACAACCAAUCAGAGCAACCGAGUGUGUGGCGUACGUUGAAAUGCCGUCUGUCCUUUUGUGGCUUGAACUGCUAGUUAUUUCGCUACAAAUGAUGCUAAUAUUACACUGUUAAACUUAAUAAGCUGUAAUUUCUACAGUUACUUACCACAAAAUGCCCAGUAAAAUACCAUAAUUUUUUUCCAGUUCAUUACUGUUAUAUGCAUUGCAUUAUGGGUAUUAACAUUUAAUUUACUGUAUGUUUUGAAUUUAUGGUAGACUGCUGUAAAACAACAGCAGUAGUGCUACACUGUAAAAAAAUUCCGUAAAAAUUACAGUGUUAUUGCAGCUGGGUUGCCGGUAACUUACCGUAGUUUUAAAUUUAUGUUAUUUACUGGCAACAUUUUGUUCUAAGUUAAAUGGACAUUUGCCAAUAAAUAACAUAAAAUUAAAUCUACGGUAAAUUUACGGUUAAAUGAACUUCAUCCACGUGCUUCCAAGCUGGCAACGACCGUUAGUUAUAUCCACGUUGUCGUGCACGCCAAGUUGCAAUCCCAUAGUAGGGACGCCAAAAACAUCGUUCCAAUCAACAAAUGCCUUGAUCGCGUUUCUCUGUUCCUCUUUUAAAAUCAAUGUCAAUAUCUAUCGAUAUCUUCUAGAACAGACUCGAUGGCAGAAUCCACACAACUGAAUUCACUAGCGGCAGCCAUUUUGUUUGUUGAUUACAUUACUGUUGAUCAUCUGUCCAUCAUCGCAUAAAGCCCUUGAUUGGCUCGAUCUGCUUUCGUCCGAGCAUAGUAAAGCCACAAUGGAGCGACCCCAGACCGAACUUCCCAACCUUAAAUGUUGUGGGCGGGGCUAAGUUUGGCUGGCACCCAGGCUAAGACUUUAGUGGACCUCAACCGUUUACAAUUUCAAUUUCUUCUCGACUAAACAAAGAAAGACAUUAACAUCUUGACAUAGUAAAUUAUCAGGAUUUUUAUAUGAAAGUGGAGUGUUCCUUUAAGUAGUCCUAAAACAGGCAUCAUAUACUGAUCCUAAUUCAGUUCUGUUUUCCUGAGAAAUGUAGUAUACAGUAUGAACUUGAUGACCGUUACAGAAUGAUAAGCAGAAAAUCUGGUUUAACUUGUUCAUUGUGUGUACAUCGUAAAAUGUAUUAUAAUGUAUUCUGUACCUGAAGAAGAUCAUGUGAUGUACAUUAACGUGUGAUAAACAUUCUCCUUUACA